AAAACGAAGUCGCGAAGUUCCGCUAAAUAUAGCUGGGCGGGCGGUGCGCGGCGCAGUCGCAGCUAGCCGCCAGUGCCCGCGACCGACCUCGCUUUGUUCACAAUAACUGCGCGAUCUCUGUUGUUUAUCCACUUAGUCCAGCAUAUUAAAGUUCGGCUCCUCUUGCUCACACAAUCUAUGUAACCGAAUCAUUUCAUCCGUACCUAGCUAAAUAGAUGCGUAUUUUUUUCAAGUCAGUUUCAGUGAUUACGUCUUACGUACGAUAAAAGGCUGAAAUGAGGUUAAUAUGCUCCAGUUUACAGUAGGCGCAGAACUUGUUACUUCGAUUCAAUUUGCGAGCACAUACAUCCAGAUAGCCGACUCUUCAAAACCUUACCUAUGUGAAUCAGAUGAAUAAAUAAAUGAGCAGAAAGGACGCGACCUCUUAUAAUUGGGGUGAUGAACAACAACGUAGAGUUAGAGGGCCGCCCUCGUCCAUUGUCUACAGGCCUUUGGACUUUAUUUUCUUGGCUACGUCGUGACGACCGAUCGGUUUCCAGCGAAAGCCUCUCCAGUGCUGGCUCUGACAGGACAGUAGCGAGCUUCGCAUUCCUCACACCAGCACGUUAUCAACCUGCAAAGGGACCACUUAUAGUGCCCCCACCAGGUCCUCCAACAGACUCCUACAAAAAAAGAGUACACGAUAGAAAUUUGCGACGUCACCACGAUCGUGAUAUAACUCUUCACCGCAAAUACGGUUUAUAUAAGAGUGAAGGAACUUGUGGCUACGACGCUUUUAGUUUGCCGCCUGCGCGAAGGGUCAGCGGUGAUUCCAAUCGAUGGGAUCGGGACCGAAGAGCUACAAGUGAGUGUUAUCAACGUCGAUUAGCACACGUUCCCGGUAAAAGGCGCGCGCCUUUGCCUCCUGUCAUUGCAUCUCCUACGGGCACGUCGUCUUUAUCACGUCGCUAUAAUAGAAAACGACCUGCCCCUCAACCACCUCUCAGGAUUUUGGAAAAGAAGAAAGACGAUCCAAAAGACGUCGUGGAUAGCUCUCCUGGUCAAAUGAGUUCUCAAGCAUUUCAAGACAAAUCCAAAAUAAAGAACACUGACUCAACAAUGGGUUGUAAAUCUGAAAAGUAUAGCAAGAAAGAUGCAAGUAUUAAAGAUCAUAAAGUUAAACCCGAAAAAAGUUUCUUGAAACAAAUGUUUGAUAGUAAAAAAAGAAAUUCAUACAUAGAUACUUCUGCUGUUAAAGUUCUUCCCAGUAUUAGUGAGUUAGAUAAACAAGCUGCUGAAUUAAUCGAAACAUGCAAAUUAAAAACUCCAGAGCAAAACAAUAAUGUCACGUUCAACAAGUUAGGUUCUCAAAGUUCUAAUCAGACUGAUACUUGGUUUUGUUUGCGUUGUUUACGAAAAUAUGACCCGACGGUAGUUACGUGCGCUUAUUGCGUGUCUAAAGGAAUACUUCAUGCUUCUGAAAUUGGGAAAAACAACAAAGAACAAACGGCUCCAUCUUCCAGUAAUUACACGCAAACAGACAAAAACCUUGCACCUAACAAAAAUAAUGACGCUGAAGACAAACAAAAGCUUAAAGAAAUGUUGAAAGAAAUGAAAGAUUCGCUUCCCAAGCGACCAAAACAUGAGUUUAGUAAUAAGAAGCCGAAACCUGUUGUAACAAAACCCUUAAACUAUUCUUCGGAAACUCCUACUCUUCGAGUCGGAUCCACAAUGCAAGAUGAAGAAAAAAAAUCUGAAGCUUCGUCGAAUAAUGAUUUAAAAACUGUACCAAACAUCAAUCAAAUGACCAAAAAACAUAAUUCUGUACAUACAUCUCCACAAUCAGCGUUAGUAGCGCAAGUGGUAUCGGCAUAUCAGAAAAAUGUGAAUAACCAUCUGAACCUGGGAAUAAAGCUUACUACUGAAAAUGGAAUUGUUGCACAAACAAAAAAUGAUAACAUUCUUCAAAAACAAUCACAAGACAUAAAACUAUUGCAUACCCCUUUAAAAAUAUCGUCGCUUUUGAAUCCAAUGUAUGUACCCAAGAAUAAUGAUUUGAGUAAACCGCAGUCGACAAAUAUAAAAAUAAAAGAUUCUAGUGUUGCAACUUCAUCUGCUCAUAUUGAACCUGGCCCUUCGACCUCACAGGCAAAUGUAUCGCUCGUAACAACUGAAAACCAAGCUAAAAAAAGUGAUGAGAAAGGCACGAAAACAGGUCCUACGAUACAAAACGAUAAAUCUCGUAUGGUGCCCACAAGACCAAAAAAACUCAUAGAAGCAAAUGUACCGCGUCUAAUAGAGUCUCCACCAGUAAUAAGAGAAGGACCGUUAACGAAUGUUAUGAAUGCAAAUAAUAAUCAGCAUUCAAGACGAAGAGAUUUAAUUAACCAACUUGAAAAAUCGAUAGCACAAGGGGACGAAAGAGCUGCAGCAGAGGCAGCUGCAAAAUUAGCGCAACUAAGAUUAUCUUGUUCAGUACUAUCAUUUUCAUCUCAAAUAUUAUCUCAGGCAUCUUCAUCAUCAACAAAUAACGAAGAGAUCACGCGAAUCAAAGAUGAGAAAAGUAAAGAAGUGCCUACUUUAAUUGAAACUGAUAAAAUACCAAUAAAAAAUGAAUUAACACAGCCAAAAGUAGUAAAACCAACAUCAAUACCAAAAGCGUCAGUCAGCAAUGAACGUAACUCUAGUGGCAUAUUACCGAAGGAGGGCGCAGAACUUGUCAAAACAGAGAAAUCGAAGCAACCUGCUGUACAGAUGAUAAAAGAUGACACAGCAUCGAUCAAAAAGGAUGUCAAAGAGGAAACUAACAAAAUCGACAAUUUAAUCACAAUAGCAGUACUGGUAGAGGAUCGAGAAGCAACGAGAGGGCCGGUACAUCUUCGUGUAAGCAGACUCGCACAUAUGCGAGACCUGCGACGAGAAGCGGAGACCUCACUCGGCUUAGCAGCCAAUCUGCAAAGGUGGAUCGUUGGUCGUGUGCUGUGUGUUAAUGAUGACACGUCCAUAGCAUCGCUCGCGGGCCCCGACUUCAGUGCCCCAUUUUAUUUAUGUGUAGUAGAAUCAGAAACGAAACAAGAGUCAAACGCUCAAAAGAACAAUGAAACGCCCAGAAAUGGUGCUAGCGACAAUCAAGUAGAGACCCGCAAUGUGUAUAUAGAACUGGUGCAACUAGAGCAACAAGCGCUUGUUCCUAAUGCAGAAAACUUUGAAUGUGGAGUUUGUAUGGUAGAGUACCCUCCGGGUCAAGGUGUAGUGUUGCGCGAAUGCGUACAUAUUUUCUGCAGAGAUUGUUUAUCCGAUGUAGUCCGUUAUUGUGAAGAACCAGAUGUCCCUUGCCCAGCUAUGGGUUGUCGAGGAAUGCUGCAAGAGAGAGAAAUUCGCGCUCUAGUAUCGCCACAAGAUUACGAGCGCUGGCUGGCGCGAGGUUUAGCUGCGGCUGAAAGCGGAACUAGAAACGCCUUCCACUGUCGUACUCGUGAUUGUAAAGGAUGGGCCCUUUGCGAUCCAGGCGUCCAGCGAUUUCCCUGCCCCGUGUGCAAAUGCAUAAACUGUGUGCCCUGCCAGGCUAUUCACGAUGGGGAAACAUGUGAACAGCAUCGCGCUAACCUUAAGCAGGCCUCAAGUAAGAACACAGUUACAAACGAAACAGAUGAUGGAACACGUACAUUACUGAAUUCUUUAAUCAGGAAGGGGGAAGCUCUAGAGUGCCCUGAAUGCAGUGCUAUUAUCACGAAGAAAUGGGGAUGUGACUGGGUGAAGUGUUCUGCGUGUAAAACGGAGAUCUGUUGGGUGACCCGCGGGCGACGCUGGGGGCCGGGUGGCAAAGGAGACACUAGUGCUGGUUGCCGCUGUGGAGUUGACGGAAAACGUUGCCAUCCAUCUUGCGGAUAUUGUCAUUAGAACUUCUUAGUCGCUGGCUUCGUCAAGAUAUCUGAAUAUAAUGAAUUAAGUGAAAA